CCAGCCGGGUUACCCAUUCCGCCCUUCGCUAUCUUGGUCCGCCGGAGUCGGGGGAGGGUGGAAAACGGGUCCUUGAACCGCUUGGAGGAUUGGAAGUUGCAGCGAGAGCACUGGAAGGAGCGGCACUGGACCCUCAGAAGAGUCCAAAUGGCGCAGUGGGAGAUGUUGCAGAACCUUGACAGCCUGUUCCUGGACCAGUUACACCAGGUCUACUCACAGAGCAUCCUGCCAAUGGAUGUUCGACAGCACUUGGCUGCCUGGAUUGAAGACCAGAACUGGAGGGAAGCUGCGCUGGGCAAUGAUGACUCCAAGGCCAACAUGCUAUACUUCAGCAUCCUGGAUCAACUGAACCAGUGGGACCACUACAGCUCAGACUCCAAUCACUUUUUAUUACAGCAUAACUUGCGAAAAUUUAGCCGGGACAUUCAGACCUUUCCCAAUGGCCCUACCCAGUUGGCUGAGAUGAUCUUUAAUCUUCUUCUGGAAGAGAAAAGGAUUCUGAAUCAGGCCCAAAGAGCUCAAGAGGUGCAGCCCCCGCCAGCUCCUGAAGCAGUAGUGGAGAGCCAGCAGCUUGAGAUUGAAAAUCGAAUCCAGGGUUUACACGCGGACAUUGAGAUUUUGGUGAGAUCCAUCAGGCAGCUGAAGGACGAACAGGAUGUCUUCAGCUUCAGAUACACAGUUUUCAGUCUAAAGAAGACAUUGUCUUCGGACCCCCAUCAGAGCCAACAGGCGCAGCUUGUGCAGGCAACAGCCAACAAAGUGGACAGAAUGAGAAAGGAGGUGCUGGACAUCUCCAAAGGACUGGUUGGCCGAUUAACCACCCUGGUCGACCUAUUGCUGCCCAAGCUGGAUGAGUGGAAGGUGCAGCAGCAGAAGUCCUGCAUUGGAGCCCUGCCACCCGAGCUGCAGCUGGAACAGCUGGAACAGUGGUUGACGGCUGGAGCAAAGUUCUUGUUCCACCUUCGGCAGCUACUGAAGCAGCUGAAGGACAUGAGUCACAUGCUUCGGUAUAAGGGUGACAUGUUUGGCCAAGGGGUGGACCUGCAGAAUGCCCAAGUCAUGGAGUUACUUCAGCGUCUGCUCCAAAGGUCCUUUGUAGUAGAAACCCAGCCGUGCAUGCCCCAGACUCUCCACCGACCCCUCAUUCUGAAGACCGGGAGCAAGUUCACCGUCCGAACAAGACUUCUGGUGAGACUCCAGGAAGGCAGCGAAUCACUCAAAGCAGAAGUCUCUGUCGACAGGAAUUCAGACUUACCAGGCUUCCGGAAGUUCAACAUUCUGACCUCAAACCAAAAAACCUUGACCCCCGAGGAGGGCCAGAGACAAGGCUUAAUUUGGGACUUCGGCUUCUUGACUCUGGUGGAGCAACGCGCUGUGGGUGCAGGAAAGGGCAACAACAAGGGGCCGCUGGCAGUGACAGAGGAGUUACAUGUCAUCAGCUUCGUGGUGGAGUACGUGUACCAGGGUCUGAAGAUGAAGCUGCAGACGGACACUCUCCCUGUCGUGAUUAUUUCUAACAUGAACCAACUCUCCAUUGCCUGGGCCUCCAUUCUCUGGUUCAACAUGCUCAGCCCAAAUCCCAAGAACCAGCAGUUCUUCUGCCAAGCUCCGAAAGCCCCCUGGAGUUUGCUGGGACCUGUGCUCAGCUGGCAGUUCUCCUCUUACGUUGGCCGAGGCCUCGAUUCUGAGCAGCUGGGCAUGCUGAGGACCAAGCUGUUUGGAAAGAACUGCAAGAUGGAGGAUGCGCUGUUGUCCUGGGUAGACUUUUGCAAGCGAGAGAGCCCCCCUGGCAAGAUCCCUUUCUGGACCUGGCUGGACAAAAUUCUGGAGCUGGUGCAUGACCACCUGAAGGAUCUCUGGAAAGAUGGGCGCAUCAUGGGCUUUGUGAGCCGCAACCAGGAACGCAGACUGCUGAAGAAGAUGAUGUCUGGCACCUUCCUGCUGCGCUUCAGUGAAACUUCUGAAGGGGGCAUUACUUGUUCUUGGGUGGAGCACCAGGAUGACGGUAAAAUCUACUCCGUGCAGCCUUACACCAAGGAAGUGCUACAGUCACUCCCACUGACAGAGAUCAUCCGCCACUACCAGGUUCUUGCCGAAGAGAACGUUCCCGAGAACCCACUCCGCUUCCUCUAUCCCGGAAUCCCUCGGGACGAAGCUUUUGGGUCCUACUACCAGGAAAAAGUUAAUUUUGAAGAACAGAGGAAAUAUUUGAAACAUAAACUCAUUGUGAUCUCUAACAGACAGGUGGACGAGCUGCAGCAGCCUCUGGAGCUCAAACAGGAUCCAGAGUCGUUAGAAGUGAAUGCAGAGCUCUUGUUAGCACAGGAGUUGCCGUCAAUGAUGCAGACUGGGCUGCAUCUGGGCACAGAGCUGGAACUAGACCCCACACUGAGUAUAGCCCCACAAGUCCCACUGGAGCCAGCCCCACAAGUCCUGCUGGAGCCAGCCCCACAAGUCCAGCCUGAGGACCUGCAGAAGGAGCCACCUUUGCCUGACGACCUGCAGCAGAUUAGCACGGAGAAUAUGAAAAUCUUAAGCAACAUAAAUAUUGAAUACAUCAUGACCAACGAAAACCCAAUGUUGGCUGACGAGAGCAACAUAGAUGAGACUUACACAUCCUGCCCCAGCCAUUUUGACGUGGAUGGACUCUUGAUACCUUCUGAGGACUAGGAGCUAUGUUUCUGUUUUGUCCCUCCUAACUCCCACAUCAAGAUGUUGCUUCCGACAGUGGGGAUCGGGGCCUUCUAAGCUGGUUUACGUGAACUUUGGAAUAAGAGGUAAAAUCCUAACAUGGUUUUGAAGGUGCACCAAAGAGUCAGAACAGACACUGGCCAUAGUCUUUCUAGGAUCCUGAAGCUACCUACCAUGCUGGGAGACGCAGGGGUCUUGAGGGCCAGUCAGGACAUUUGCGAGGUCCUUAGAGGGUCUGGGGCAGUGGUGUCUUUCCAGGUUGGAACGACUUUAAUGUUUUGAUAAUUGGCUAAGUUGGUGCAAAGCAGCAUCGGGCCUUUGUGGGGAGUUCAGACAUGAAUGGAAUUCUGUUCUUCCUCCUCCAUUGCUACCCUGGGUCCUGUCAAACCCAGAACCCUGCCGUGGUAGGCAACCACGGUGGCCCUGAGCCACACCCGGGCCCUUCAGUUCUCUCUUCCAGUUACGUCAGGUGUACUCCCUUCGCUCCUGACUCCAGUUCUAUAAAUUUCCUUCUCUUCCUGUAGAGGCUGAGGGCUGUCUGCUUCAGCCCACCAUGUGAAACAGAAUUCAUGCUAGCAGCUCCCUUGCCAUGAUCAAUUCCCCACCUACAAAGUAAUCCCGACAUUCUCAUGAAGAUGUGAAGCUCUACCGCUCUAGGCCAUGCCGUCUCUACCUCCCCCAGCGCUUGAGAGAAUCACUCCUGGAGGUUUGAAUGGUUUCUAAGCACUUGGGAAUUACUCCUUAUAGUACUCAGUAGAGCUAAGAGCUUGAAGAGAAUUUAGCUAUUUUAUUAUUUUAUGAAUAAGAGUGCAUCAUUUCUUUUGCACAGUGUUUUGUUAACAUGAAAGAAAGAAAGAAAAAAAUUCUGUUCCUUAGGAGUGACCUAGGCAAGGACCAGGUUCCUUGGGUCUCAGAACCUUGAAGGUUUAUCAGACAUCUUUAUGCUUUAGCCAUUGUUGGGGAACCCAGGAGGCAAUUGCCUUGCCACUGCUCUAAGGUGUGCUUGUGGUACAACUUGUGGGAAACGAAUGUGAGGACCUGCACUGUGGCCGUUCUCUAAUGGCGCAUCAGAACAGUCCAGGAAGGGGUUAAUAAUAACUGGGACAGGGGACAGCAGUGCCAUGCCCAGCCUCAAAGGUGGCACGAGCCAACUAAGAACCAAGGAGUUAGACGAAGAAGAUACACACAGGAGCAGAAGAAGCUCAAGGAGCCAGAAGCAAAAGUCGUGAGAAAAAGGUGCCCGGCCAACAGGUGAAAUUAAGAAAUUCAGCAAAACCAAGGCACAACAGCAUAGUGGGACCAAGAGAAUGGCACUGCUUCUUUCUGCUCCUUUGUAAGUCCCUGGUUCUCUGCUGUACCAUCUCUCACCACACUCUGAAUAGUUAGAAAGAACUGUUGUCCUGGAGUCCUUCGUACGUCAUAAUAAACUUUUGUUAAAACAACAA